AUGACCCCAGAAAACAGUGCACUCCAAUCCCCGGAGAAUGAGACGGAGACAACGGUCCUUGUCGACGUCCCAAGAGCAACAACCCACGAAGAAGAGUUCCAAAGCAUCUGCGCCGAGGUACUCAGCAUCGACGUCGACAAGCUAGAUGCGUCGCAAUCGUUCAUCGGACUGGGCGGGGACUCCAUAGCCGCGAUCAACCUGAUUGCGCGCUGCGAGGAGCGAGGAAUGGAGGUUCAGACGGGCGCAAUAAUCAAUGCCACCAGCAUUACCGAGCUCUUCUCGACCGUCAAAGUACGGCCCUCGCGAGAAAAUGCACAACCCACGACUCCGAUGCCCACGAGGGCCUCUCCACUCGAGGAAGCCGAAUCCGAACCCUUCAGCCUGUGGCAGGACUACAGCCAGGCAAGUCCCGAAGAACAACCUCUACUUCUGGAGCGGGUGGCGACGCAAUGUGGGAUCGAAGUUGAUAUGAUCGAAGAUGUGUACGCCUGCACCCCGUUGCAGGAAGGUCUGGUGGCCAUCACGGCCCGUAAAGCUGCGGCCUACGUCGACCGCCGCGCAUUUACCCUGGCACCCACCAUCGACCUCGAGCGGUUCCAAGCGGCCUGGGAGACCUUGAUCGCGAGAACCGCCAUUCUGCGCACCCGCAUCUGUAUGGGCCCGCGCGGCCGGGCGUUGCAGGUGGUGAGCCGCAAACACAUCCCCUGGCGACAUGGCACCACCCUGAAAAGCUAUCUGGCGGAGGAUCGCAAAGAAGGAAUGCGGCUCGGGCAGCCCUUGGCCCGGUGGGGUCUCAUCCCCAGAUCGGACGACACGAACGGCGGGGGGGCGAUCUUUGUCUGGACCGCGCACCACAGUGUCUACGAUGGAUGGAGUGCAACCCUGCUCUAUCGCCGCCUCGCCGCCAUCUACUUCCACAACCAGCUGCCCCUCUCAAUUCCUUACACGCGCUUCGUGCGCUACGUGGAAGGUAAAGAUCCGGUCCUCGCCGCCAACUAUUGGCACGGCCAACUGCGGGGGGAGAAUCCGAUGGCGCACUGGCCGGCGCUACCCAGGCCGAACUAUCAGCCCAGUCCCCGGACCCAGUUCAAAGGCGAGAUCUUGAUGCUCGACGGCGUCGAGCAGGGAGUGGUCAUGAUGUCGCAUAUUCUGCGCGCCGCCUGGGCGCUCGUCCUGGCUCAGUACACCGGCCAGGACGAUAUCAUCUUCGCGGCCACCUUGUCGGGCCGAAAUGCCCCUGUCUCGCAGGUCGCAGAGAUCGCCGCCCCCCUGAUCACCACUGUCCCUGUGCGAAUCUGCAUUGAUCGCACGCAGACCGUAGGCGGAUUCUUGCAGGCCGUGCAGCGCCACGCGACGGAUAUGAUUGAGUAUGAGCAUACCGGGCUGCAGACGAUAAAGACCAUGUUACCAGAAUUGAGCGGGGCCUUGGACCUCCAGAACUUGCUGAUCAUUCAGCCCGCCUCCGAACGCGACGUCUACCAGGCCUUUCCGGGACUCAGCCCGGUGCCGCUGCCCCUGGAUGAUUUCGACAGCUACGCCGUCAACGUGGAGUGUACUUUGGGGCGCCACGCCGUGGCUGUAGAGGUCAUGUACGAUGACGAGGUGAUCGCCCCCGCGGACCUGACCAAAGUCAUGGACCAUUUCUCCUUCUUGGUGCAGGAGCUCAGCCGUCCGUCGGCUCGAGAUCGGCUUUUGCAGGAGGCCGUGAGAAUCUCUCCCUCCGACCAGCAGCAGCUCCUAGAAUGGAACACUACCGUGCCCGCAUCGGUGGACCGGUGUAUUCACGAUCUGAUCGCGGAACAGGUGCGGUUGCGGCCGACGGCCCUUGCCGUCGACGCAUGGGAUGGCCAGUGGCAGUACGCCGAUUUAGCAAGCCAGAGUAUCGCCCUAGCCCAUUACCUGGUCGGCCUGGGUGUUGGCCCUGAGCAGACAGUGGGACUGUGUAUGAACAAGUCCAAGUGGGCGGUGGUGGCCAUGUUGGCCAUUCUCCAGGCGGGCGCUGCAGUCCUGCCCUUAUCGGUCCGUAGCCCACUGGCUCGCUUGCGAAGUAUUGUGCAGGACGCUGGCCCGCGCGUGAUUCUCGUCGACCAGAGCCAGCAAGACCGGGUGGAUAAUGACGGCUUGAACACGCUGGUUGUUGAUGCCACUCUGAUAGCGAGCCUGAGCCCCAAUACAGAACCGCCGCACACCGGCGUCACGCCACAGAACGCAGCAUGGGUGGUAUAUACGUCAGGAAGUACAGGUACCCCAAAGGGUGUGGUACUGGAGCACCGAUCGCUGUGUACCAGCCUCAUAGCACAUGCAGCUGCUGUGGGGAUUGAUCAAUAUACACGGACACUGCAAUUCGCGGCCUACACCUUUGACGUCAGCUUGUGCGAUAUCUUCACCACCCUGCAGGCCGGGGGAUGUGUUUGCGUGCCGUCCGAGGAGGAGCGCAUGAACGCAUUGGCCGCGACAGCUGCGCGUAUGGAGGUCACCUACGUGGAACUGACAUCCACGGUGGCCGCCACCCUCUCCCCGGCGAUGGUGCCCUCACUGACCACGUUAGCCCUAAGUGGAGAGCCGUUAAAGCCUGCGAUCCUGUCGACCUGGGCCCGACGAGCGAGCGUGUUCAACUCCUACGGCCCCUCGGAAUGCUCCAUUGUGGUCUCGAACAGCCAACGCUUGUUCCACAUUGACCAGGCUCGUAACAUUGGCCGGCCCAUGGCGUCCAACUUUUGGGUGGUGCAGGCGACCGACUACCAGACUCUGUGUCCCAUCGGCGCCCCGGGCGAGCUGCUGAUCGAAGGGCCCCUACUGGCCCGUGGCUAUCUCCACGACGAGGCGAAGACCACGGCCAGCUUCGUCGUCGACCCGCAGUUUAUAACACAGCUGGGUCUCCCGAAAACCGGACGUCGUAUGUACCGGACCGGUGAUCUGGUCAGUCAAAAUCCGGAUGGAUCUCUGCUCUAUCUCGGCCGCUGCAAUAGUCAGCAGGUCAAGAUCCGCGGUCAACGUGUGGAUGUGGGCGAUAUCGAGUACAACAUUGCGCAGCAUCUUCAGGGGUUGGGCACCGUCGCGGUGGAGCUGGUGGAGCGCGGCGCUCAGAUGUACUUGGUGGCCGCAAUGGAAUUCGUUGGGAACACCUCAUACGGGAAUGACAUGCUGCGUUCCCUUACAGGAGACCUACGGAAGAAGCUUUUACAGUCUCUCCCAGCGUACAUGGUGCCCACAUUGUACAUCCCGGUGGAAGCGAUGCCCAUCAAUGCGUCGGGGAAGCUCGACCGGCAGGCUCUACGCACAUACCUGAACAGCCUGUCAACAUCGGACCUGCAACAAUACAUGCCAAAUGCAGGACCCAAAGCGGUGCCCUCGACGGAGAUGGAGCAACGGUUGCGUGACUGGUGGGUCAAGACGCUGGCCAUCGCACCAGGCACCAUCGGCCGCGAGGAUGACUUCUUCCAGAUUGGCGGUGAUUCUGUCGCGGCGAUGCGCGUGGUGGCAAUCCCCGACGCGCGUGAACUCCACCUGACUGUCGCGGAGAUUUUCCAACAUCCCAUUCUGUCAGAUCUCGCUCGCACUCUGGAAGGACGGGCCAUGGUGAACAGGGAGAAGCAGACCGAAGAGGCCGAUCCGGAACCCUUUGCUCUGUGGCAAGUGUCUGGAGACGCGCAAUCCCCAAGCAGCACUCUUCAACAACGGCUCGCACGCAUUGCUCAACAAUGUGGUGUCGCGGUGGAGGAUAUUGAGGACAUCUACCCCUGUACCUCGAUCCAGGAGGGUCUUAUCGCAGUCACUGCCCACCAGCCCACGGCCUACGUGAGUCGACAGGUGUACCGACUAGGCAACUCGAUCGACGUGGAUCGCUUCCAGGCAGCCUGGCACACGUUGGCCGCCGUAACCCCCAUCCUGCGCACGCGUAUCGUGGUGGACCUGGAGGAGGGCAGUCAGGGCGGAUCGUUGCAAGUGGUGGUCCGAAGUCCACUGGUCUGGCACCAUAGCACCGAUCUCGAUCAGUACGUGGCUGCAGAUGAGACGCAGGGCAUCCAACUCGGUCAGCCCCUGGUGCGCUUUGCGCUGGUUCAGCAUCCCACCGAGCGCCUCCUGGUCUGGACGGCGCAUCACAGCGUCUACGACGGGUGGAGCGCCGCUCUGCUGUACCGACACCUGGCCGAUAUUUACCUUCAUGACCGCAUCCCUCCCACGGUUCCCUACAGCCGGUUCAUCCGGCAUCUGCUGCGCCGAGAUUCUGCCUCCGACGCCCAAUACUGGUCGACGAAGCUCCAGGGGGACCUGGUUGUCAAUUGGCCCCCCUUGCCUCGGGCAGACUAUCAGCCCCGGCCCAUGCAUCGCGACGUCUACACGAUGCGCCUGCCGCGCUCGGCGGUCCACCAUCACCCCGCCUCGCUACUGCCCACCAUUAUCCGGGCUGCAUGGGCGAUGCUUAUGGCCAGACAGGCGGGCCAAGGCCACCGCGUGGUCUUCGGGAUGACGCUCGCCGGCCGCAAUCUUCCAGUGUGGCAGGUGGCCGAACUGGCAGCGCCGACAAUCACCACCGUGCCGGUGCGUGUCGAUGUCGACCCGGACCAGUCAGUGCGCGACUUCCUGCGCACGGUGCAACAGCAGGCGACGGAAAUGAUCGAGUUCGAGCACGCCGGCUUGCACGGGAUUGGGAAGCUGGUGCCCGAGCUCCGCCCCGUGCUCGAGGUGCGUAAUUUGCUGGCCAUCCAGGCAGACUGGGGCGACGAGGGAACCAACUUGCCCGGUCUGGAGGCGCUGCCUGUCAAUUUACAGGGGUUCGAUAUCUACGGCUUGACUGUGCAGUGCUCGGUUGGGGACGACGCCAUCACCGUGGAAACACGCUACGAUGAGAAUGUUAUUCCAGGUCCUCACGUCCAGCGACUCGUGCGCGGCUUGGAACAUGUGGUGCAGCAGCUCUACAGCACCCGCUCCGGCCGCGAGCGACUCGGCGAUAUCUCUCUCGUUAGCCCCGAGGAUAGGGCUGCCAUCCUGAAGUGGAAUCGUACCGCACCUCCGCGCAUUGAGCGGUGCAUCCAUCACCUCGUGGCAGAGAAAGUCGCCCAACACCCCGAUGCCACCGCCAUCUGUGCCUGGGACGGCAAUCUAACUUACCAGGAACUGGCGACCCAAGCGAACCAGUUGGCCUGGUAUCUCCAGACUUUGCAAGUUGGCGCAGAAACCAUGGUCGGGCUGUGCAUGGAUAAGUCUAGAUGGGCCGGCGUAGCCAUGCUCGCGGUGCUUCAAGCUGGUGGAGUUGUUGUGCCGCUGGGUGUGGCCCAUCCCCCGGCUCGUUUGGCUGGUAUCCUGGAGGACACAAAGGCGCAGAUCGUCCUAGUCGAUGCGGAGCAACGAGAUCGACUCGCUAGUUCUGAUCUCUCCGAGAAUGUACAGCUCGUGGUGGUUGAUGCUACUCUGCUACGCACCCUGCCAGUACGGGAGGACAUCCAUGCGACGGUCAAUCCGGGGAACGCGGCCUCGGUCAUCUAUACCUCAGGCAGUACAGGGAAGCCCAAGGGAGUGGUCUUGCAACAUCGCGCUCUUUGCAGCAGCAUCCAGGCCCACGGGUCACGGUUUGGUAUGGGGUCGCACACGCGAAUGCUCCAGUUCGCCGCCCAUACCUUCGAUGCCUGUAUCCAAGAUUACUUCACCACCCUCGCCUGGGGCGGCGUGGUCUGUGUGCCCAGUGAGACAGAUCGCAUGAGCAAUCUGACGCAGGCGAUAAAAACGAUGGGGGUGACGUUCGCAACCCUGACCUCGACGGUGGCCCGCUUGAUUCAUCCCCCGGAUGUACCAUCAAUGCAGCAACUGGCCCUGGUUGGCGAACCGGUCAAGGCAGAAGUGGUUGCACAGUGGCUGCCCUAUGUCACCGUUCUCAACGCGUACGGACCGUCUGAAUGCUCGAUCCACUCGACGUGCAGUGCACCCUUGACCGAUCCCGGGCAGGCCGCCAUCAUCGGCACCGGCAUGGGCACGCGGCUGUGGGUUGUCGACGUCGCCGACUAUCACCAACUGUGCCCUAUUGGGGCGCCCGGCGAGCUCCUAAUUGAAGGGCCGUUGCUGGCACGUGAGUACCUGAACGAUGAGGCUAAGACACGAGCGGUGUUUGUCGUCGAUCCGGCCUUUCUCCACCAGCUUGGGCUCGACGAUGACCCAGUGGCGCACCCAUCACACCGACGACAACGUAUGUAUCGGACGGGGGAUCUAGUGCGUCAGAACGAGGAUGGGUCAAUCACCCAUCUCGGCCGGCGCGACACGCAGAUCAAGAUCCGCGGCCAGCGGGUCGAGGUGGGCGAAAUCGAGUAUCAGAUCACCCAGCAGCUGGCGGGUGCACGAUCCGUAGCGGUAGAGCUGGUGCAGGACCCAGGCGCUGAACAAGUCAGUCUGACUGCGGUAGUGGAUUUCCAAGAAGGUGUGGCCUAUCGUGAGGAUACCGUCCUGGCGCAUGGGUUACUGCAGCCCACGCCGGCCCUCAACACGGCCCUCCGACAGCUGCGCGGCACGCUGUUCCAGCUGCUGCCUACCUACAUGGUGCCGGCGGCGAUCCUCCCCAUUCUCGAGAUGCCGUUGAACGCCUCGGGGAAGUUGGACCGCCGCGCCAUCAGAGAUCUAGUGACAGCCAUCUCCCCGCCGGACCGCCAGCCCUAUCUGUCGACGAGCAAGGAAGUUGGUGACGAGCCUAUCACGCCGCUUCAACGCCAGUUGCAGGAGCUCUGGGCCAGUACCUUGCGCGUAUCUGUCUCUCAAAUUAAUAUCCACGACAAUUUCUUCCAGAUUGGCGGCGACUCGGUGGUCGCGAUGCGCAUGGUGGCGAGCGCAGCGGGCCGCGAACUCCAAGUCACCGUGGCGGAUCUCUUCCAGAUGCCUCGACUGGUGGAUCUGGCAGAACGCUUGAGCAGCCGAGUGCAGAUUCGGAGGCCAGAGACGCGAGGAGAUGCGGAUCCUGAGCCAUUUUCUUUGUGGUUGGGUGAUAACAGGCCCGAUGAGGCGCAGGUGCAAGAUCAGCUGCAGGAGAUCGCGAAGCAAUGUGGGACGGCCGUGGCGAAGAUCCAGGACGUCUAUCCGUGCACGCCCUUGCAACAAGGCCUUAUGGCUAUUACGGGUCGACAGUCCUCGGCCUAUGUCAACCGCCAGACCUUCACGCUGGACCCGAGCCUGAAUCUCGAUCGCUUCCAGGACGCCUGGCGGACCCUGGUGGCUGUGACGCCCAUCCUCCGCACGCGCAUUGUCGUUGGCAGCGAUUCUGCCACGGCCCUGCACCAGGUCGUCCUUGAUGACGAGAUAGUCUGGCACCACGGUGGCGAUCUGGAGGAGUAUCUGCGCGUCGAUCAGCAGCAGGAAAUGGGACUGGGAACACCGCUGGCGCGAUACGGGUUGGUUCAGGACCAGGGGUCUGGCCAGCGGUUCUUUGUGUGGACAGCCCACCACAGCUUGUAUGAUGGGUGGAGCACCCUUCUGCUGUAUCGUCAUCUUACAACUAUAUUCGAGUCGGGCGAAGUGCCCUCCUCGGUGCCGUUCACUCGGUUUCUCCGGUUUCUGCGCGAUCAGGAGGAAGAGAUUGAUGAUGUUAGUAGGGCAAAGGACCGGGCCGCGUACUGGAUGGAUCAGCUCCAAGGGGACGUGAUGAGCAAUUGGCCUCCUCUCCCUCAUGUCGACUAUCGACCCCGUCCAGGGUUGGAGCGGACACGCCAGGUCUCGCUUCCUACACACGGGUCCGGCGGCGACACGGUGACUGCAUCCAACGUGCUGCGGGCUGCCUGGGCGCUGCUGAUGGCCCAGUACUCGGGCCACGACGAUGUCGUCUUCGCCGCCACAGUAUCAGGUCGGAACGCACCGGUGCAGGGCAUUGAGAGCAUUGUGGCGCCCACGAUUACCACCGUCCCCGUGCGCGUGCACGUUGACUGGACGCAAGACUUGACCUCGUUUCUGGACGCAGUGCAACAGCAGGCCGCACAAAUGAUCGACUACGAACAUACGGGACUCCAGACGAUCAAGGCCCUCAUUCCACCGGAGUCCACCCCGGCAUUGGACCUGCGAAAUGUGCUGGUGGUGCAGACUGCCGACGAGGCUGAUGCCCUACACCAAUUCCCCGGCGUUCGGCCGCUGACGACCAGCGGAGCAGGCACCGAGUUCGACAGCCAUGCCCUAACUGUGGACUGCACGUUGAGUCCCACCGACCUACGCGUUGCCAUCCGCUACGAUGAACACAUUGUGCCCACUCACCAGGUGGAACGCAUCCUCGCGCAUCUUAUCCACCUCGUCCAGCAGUUAUACAAUCCCACGUGCGUCCAGUCUCGUCGUCUGGGCGAUCUAGAUCUGAUCAGUCCCGGGGAUCAGGAGCUGAUCUUCGAGCACAAUGCACAAGUCGACAUCUCGCGUGUCGACGAGACCAUAAACGAGCUGGUCCGCAAGCAGGUGCUCGCACACCCUGACGCCCCAGCCGUCUGUGCCUGGGAUGGGGACCUGACGUAUCAAGAAUUGUUCAACGAGGCGGUCCACCUGGCGCACUUCCUGGUUGGCGUUGGCAUCGGCCCUGAGACGAAGGUCGGUCUGUGCAUGAAUAAGUCGAAAUGGGCAAUCGUGGCGAUGUUUGGCACAUUGUUUGCGGGGGGCGUGAUUGUGCCUCUCGGCGUGACGCAUCCUCUCUCGCGAAUUCAGGUGAUCGUCCACGAUACUGCGGCCGACGUGGUUCUUGUGGACGCUGAGCAGCAUGCGCGACUCAGCCCCCUGAUCCUCCCUGUUCGCCUGGUCGUCGUCGACGGCGGCCUUCGCACGACCCUGCCAGCGCAGACCAGCGCUUCCACCACCAGCGUGUCGCCUGAUAACGCCGCCUGGAUCAUCUACACCUCAGGUAGCACAGGAACGCCGAAAGGCGUGGUCCUGGAGCACGGAGGCCUGUGUACGAGCAUGCAGACACAGGCCCGGAAGAUGAAGAUCACCAGCGAGACCCGCGCGCUGCAGUUCUCCCCUUUCACCUUCGACGUCAGUAUCUCUGAUGUCUCGGCCACCCUCAUCUACGGAGGCUGCGUGUGUAUCCCGUCCGAGAGUGACCGGGUCAAUGCCCUCGCCGCCACAAUUGGCAUGGCCCGAUUGCUGUCUCCCGCCGACGCUCCCUCGCUUCGGACGCUGGCCUUGACCGGAGAAGCCCUAACACCGGAAGUUAUCGCCCUCUGGAGUCAGCCCGGUGUCGCCAUCUACAAUACCUACGGCCCGUCCGAGGGAUCAGUCUGCACCGCGAAUGGACCGCUGUUACGCCCCGAGGAGGCGCUCACGAUCGGCACCCCCAUGGCCACGCGCCACUGGGUGGUCCAUCCGCACAGUCAUGACAAACUGUGUCCCAUCGGUGCGCCGGGGGAAUUGCUGAUCGAGGGCCCGCUGAUGGCCCGGGAGUAUCUGAACAACCCCGAGAAGACAGCUGCAGCCUUUGUGGCCCCGCCCGCGUUCCUGUCCUCGCCUUCGGGCUGUCGCAUUUAUCGCACCGGGGAUCUCGUCUGCCAGCAGGCGGAUGGAUCCUUCACCUAUCUCGGACGACGGGACACGCAGGUCAAGGUCCGGGGCCAACGCGUGGAAAUCGGCGAGAUCGAACACCAGGUCAUGCAGCAAUUGCCCGACGCGCAGACCGCCGUGGUGCAUCUGCUCGAGCACGACGCUAAGAUGACCCUGGUGGCCGCCAUCGAGUUCCGCAAAGAAGGCGAGCAGACUGAUAAUGCAGUCCUGGCGACCCUGCCCCCCACGCCGACCCUGCGCUCCGCCUUCAAGGCCCUGCGCCAAGGGCUGCUAGAUGUCCUCCCGACAUAUAUGGUGCCUGCGAUGUAUGUGCCGGUCACGGCGAUCCCGCUUAAUCUUUCGGGAAAGCUGGAUCGUCGGGCUGUACAGGUCUUCCUCAAUGGGAUAUGGUCGACCAGUCUGGGGCGGUAUACGACGGAGGAGGAAGAGGACGGGGAGGAGAGGGAGCUGCGUAAGGUAGCACCCUCAACCCCCAUGGAGACUGCGGUGCAGCAACUAUGGGCGCAGGCGCUCCGGAUGUCCAUUGCCGAGGUCGGUGCCCACGAUAACUUCUUCCAGCUGGGAGGUGAUUCGGUCACGGCCAUGCGCAUGGUAGCCGCGGCCACCCGGAUGCACAAGGAGUGGAGGUUGGUCGUGGCGGAUAUCUUCCAGCAUCCGCGGCUGUCGGACCUUGCGCGUGUCAUUGAGGAGCAUCUCAGUGAGAAAGAAGAGACAAGUGAUACAGUAGAGAUGCAAGAUCCCGCGCCAUUCGCCCUCUGGGAGCAGGCCGUCAAUACCAGUUCGGAAAAGCGAGCAGCGCGCCUUGCUCUCAUUGCCGAGCAAUGUGGCGUGGCUGUGGACCAGGUCGAAGACGUCUAUCCAUGUACAGCCUUGCAAGAAGGUCUUCUGGCCAGCACUGCCCGCCAGACGUCGGCGUAUGUCAGCCGGCAGAUGUACGCGCUGUCUGCCGAGAUUGAUCUUCCUCGCUUCCAAGCAGCCUGGCAGACCCUGGCUGCGCAUACCCCUAUCCUGCGAACCCGCGCAAUUAUUGACAGCGAGGGCGCCUGGCAGGUGGUGGUGCGGGAUACGAUUGUCUGGCACAAGCACUCCAGCCUGGACGAGUAUCUCCAGCAGGAUGAGGCAGCCGGCAUCCAGCUCGGAGCGCCUCUGGCGCGAUUUGGGCUAGUUCGUCCAUCGUCCGGUGACCCAGUGUUUGUCUGGACGGCCCAUCACAGUAUUUACGAUGGCUUUACCGUGCGUCUCCUGUGCCAGGAGCUCAUUCACAUUUACAACGCCGAGGACUACAUCCCGCGCCCCGUUCCCCUCACGCGCUUUCUUCGCUAUCUCACGCAGAUAAAUGCUGCCGAGAACCAGCAGUAUUGGAACGAGCAGCUUGCCGGGGAGGAGGUGGUGGCUGACUGGCCGCCUUUGCCGCAUGCGGGCUACGAGCCCCGAGCCCGGACUUCAAUCCGCAAGGAGGUCACAAUGGGCCUCGAUGCUGGACCAGGCAGUAUCGCCAUGGCGAACGUGCUGCGCGCCGCGUGGGGUCUAGUCAUGGCCCAGUUCUCCGGCCAGCCAGACGUAGUAUUCGCUGCGAACGUCUCCGGCCGCAACGCCCCGGUGCCCGGUGUGAGCGAGAUCAUUGCGCCGACGAUCACCACCGUGCCCUUGCGUAUCCAGAUUGGCGUUGAUAAGACCCAGACGGUGGCAGACUUCCUGCAAGUGGUGCAGGAGCAAGCAAUUCAGAUGAUAGCGUACGAGCACACCGGACUCCAGGGCAUUCGCAGCCAUCCGGCUUUGCGGCUGCGCAAUCUGCUUGUCAUUCAACCUGCCGCUGAGAGCGACACGACGCUCGACUUCCCUGGUAUUGAGGCCCUGCCCCUCGCCGUAGAGGAUUUUGAUAGUUAUGGGUUGAAUGUCGAGUGCACGCUGGGGACAACGAUUGGGGUGCAGGCGCGGUUCGACGACAAGGUUGUUCCACCGGCAUAUAUGACCCGUGUGCUGGACCAGUUCGCACACAUCGUGGCGGUGUUGUGUGAUCCGAGUCUCCAACGCUCGUCCCUGCAGGAGCUGGAUCUACUCAGCCGUGCCGAUCACGCACAGAUUGCGGUCUGGAAUGCCACCGUCCCGGAGCGCGUCGAGAAAUGUAUCCACGAGCUGGUGGAAGAGCAAGCACAAGCCCGCCCUACAGCGCUAGCGGUUUGGGCUUGGGACGGACAGCUCAGCUACCGUGAACUGACACAUCUCGCUAGUCUCUUAGCCCACCGCCUCGUUGUACUCGGGGUGGGACCAGAGCGGAUGGUGGGUGUUUCGAUGGCCAAGUCCAAAUGGGCGGCGGUUGCGCUAUUAGCCACCCUCCAGGCUGGGGGAGUCGUGGUGCCCUUGAGCGUCAGCCAUCCCAUCCAGCGAAUCGAGACGAUUCUCCACGACGCUGCAGUCCGCGUGACCUUGGUGGACGGCCUGGAACACGACCGCUUAAACGGCCAAGUCGAUUGUUCCCUCCUUGUGGUCGAUUCGCAGCUUUUCGAGAGUCUGUCUACCACUGUCACUCCCAACAAGGAGGUUACAUUCGUGCCCCCCAUCCCUGCUGUUAGCGUCACCCCUAACCAUGCUGCCUGGGUCAUCUACACAUCCGGGACAACGGGAACCCCUAAAGGCGCCGUGCUCGAGCAUGGGACCCUGUGUACGAGCAUCCGGGCCCACGGCACGCGGUAUGGGUUUGGGCCCCAUACGCGCAAGCUGCAGUACGCGGCGCAUACUUUCGACGGCACGAUCGAGGACUACUUCACCACCUGGGCCUGGGGCGGGCUGAGCUGUGUGCCGUCGGAAGAGGACCGGCUGGAAAUGCGCCAGCUGACGGCGUUCAUGCGCCAGACCCAUGUCAACGCGCUGGCUACCACCUACACCGUGGCCGGACUCUUCACACCCGAGGAGGUUCCCAGUCUCCGCACGCUCGUUCUGGGCGGCGAGCCAGCAACCAUCGAGGUGACCGAUCGCUGGCGGACCAAGGUCGACCUCUUCAACUGCUACGGUCCCUCGGAGUGCUCCAUCUUCUCCUCGGCAGCCGGUCCGGUCCAGAACAUCGACGAGAUCCAUAACAUCGGCACGCCCAUCGGCACUCGCCUGUGGGUGGCUGAUCCCCAAAACCACGACCGACUGUGUCCCAUAGGCGCGCCGGGCGAACUGCUGAUCGAGGGGCCGCAGUUGGCGCGCGGAUACCUCAACAAUGCUGACAAAACGCAGUCCCAGUUCCUUCUUGAUCCACACUUUAUGGCGCGAUUCGGCUUAACCCCAGGGCGACGUGUCUACCGUAGUGGGGAUAUCGUCCGUCAGAAGGAUGACGGGUCAUUCGUGUAUGUGGCGCGCCGUGACACGCAAGUCAAGAUCCGCGGUCAGAGAGUCGAGAUCGGCGAGAUUGAACAGCAGAUCGUCCGGUCUCUGGCUGAGACCCGCGUCGUGGCGGCGGUGCUGCUUCAGCGCGGAGCCCAGGGCUCGCCGGUGUUAGUGGCUGCUAUCGAGUUUAUGCCGGGGAGCAGAUAUCUCAGCAUAGAGAAGGAGGAGGAGGAUGAAGGGGAGGAAGAUGUGCAGAAACACCGGUUGAGGGCCACGGAAAAUGUUGUGCCACCCACAGAAGCGAUGCAGGCGGCGUUCCAGGAUCUCCAUAGCGCCCUGUUCCAGGUGCUCCCUACACACAUGGUCCCAAGCGCAUACGUCCCCGUCGCCCACAUGCCGCGCAAUCUCUCCGGCAAGCUGGAUCGACGAGCUUUGCGGGAGCAGCUGGCCGCCAUGUCCGCCGAGUCCAUGCAGCAGUAUCUCGAGGGGCGUGAGAAAGUCGCCCCUUCCACCGACAUGGAGCGUACAUUACAGAGUCUCUGGUUGGAGGCCCUGGGGAUUGAGAGGGCAGAGAGCGUGGGCCUGCAGGACAAUUUCUUUCAGUUGGGAGGCGACUCGGUGGCUGCGAUGCACCUGGCAGCCCUAACCUGGCAACGCAUCAAACUACACCUGACCGUCGCUGACGUCUUCCGCAACCCACGUCUCGGUGAUCUGGCGCAGAGGCUGACGGAGCUCAGCUUAGUUACUACUGCAGAUCAGGAAGAGAAACAAGAUCCCGAGCCCUUGGGCUUGUGGGCUAAUGCCUCGCCCGAAGCCGUGAGCGAGAUCGCAGCUCGUUGCCAGGUGGAUGUGGAUCAGAUCGAAGAUAUAUAUCCCUGCACACCACUGCAGGAAGGUUUCAUGGCGAUUACGGGGCGUCAAUCCGCGGCCUACAUCAGUCGACAGGUCUACUCUCUCUCGACCGCUGUCAUCAACCUGCACCGGUUCCAGGCAGCCUGGGAGACAUUGACCCAGACCACGCCCAUCCUGCGCACGCGUCUCAUGAUGGGUCCCAAUCAGCAAGCCCUACAAGUGGUGGUACAAGCUCCGAUUGUCUGGCAAGUCGGCACCGAUCUCGCGACUUACAUUGCUGAGGACCGCGAGGCAGUGAUGAAAUUGGACCAACCCCUCGUGCGAUACGGCUUGGUGAUGGAGUCGAGUGAGAAAUCAUAUUUCGUAUGGACCGCACAUCACAGUAUAUACGAUGGCUGGACGAUGCGUGAGAUCGCGCAGCGCUUCGCACAGAUCUACAAUGGAUUGGAACAUGCGGCCUCGAUCCCGUCAAGCAUUCCAUAUUCCCGUUUCAUCCGGUACCUGACCACACGGGAUCCCGUUGAGACAGCUCAAUACUGGCGGAGCCAGUUCGAGGGUGAGGUGGUGGCUGACUGGCCUGCACUGCCUCAGCACGACUACCACCCCAGACCACAAUCGCGCAUCCAGACAGCUGUGGCGAGUCCAGCGCCCUUGAGCGGCGGCAUUCUGAUCUCCACCAUCCUGCGCGCUGCGUGGGCGAUCGUGAUGGCCCAGUAUAGUGGGCACAACGACAUUGUGUUCGCCGCCAGCGUGUCGGGGCGCAAUGCCCCUGUGCAGCAAAUCCAGGACAUCGCCGGUCCAACCCUAACCACAGUGCCGGUCCGCGUAUCAGUCGACAAAAGUAUGACGGUGGCCAGGCUCCUGCAGGCCAUUCAGCAACAAGCCACUGAGAUGAUUCCCCAUGAGCAGACUGGAUUGCAAAAGAUCAAGAAGCUGCUGCCGGACAGCACUGGUCGCACGGCUCUGGCCCUCCGCAACCUCCUGGUCAUCCAGCCUGCGGCCGAGAGCGACCACAGCCCUAUCGCCCUUCCGGGCCUGGAGGCUCUCCCUGCACCCUUUGAGGACUUUGGCAGCUUCGGUCUGCAGAUCGAGUGCAUGCUAGGACGGCAGCAGAUUGAUGUGGACGUUCAGUAUGACGAGGAGGUCGUCGCUACAGCCUAUAUUCAGAGGGUGGUCGACCACUUCGUGCAUCUUGUAAAGGAGCUCGCCAACCCCGACCGGUUCCAGCAGCCGCUGCACAGUUUGCAUAUCAGUCCCCAAGACGAGGAGCAGAUUCUGGACUGGAACCAGGUUGUCCCCACCUGCGUUGAGCAAUGUAUCCAUGUCCUUGUGUACAACCGCGUGGUCCGCCAGCCCACUGCAUGCGCAAUCAGCGCCUGGGACGGCGAAUUGACCUACGAGGAGCUUUCAGGACAGGCCGCGAGCCUGGCUGCCCAUCUCCAGCACGACCUGGGCGUGAAGCCGGAGCGCACGGUGGGAGUCUGUAUGAAUAAGAGCAAGUGGGCUGCCGUCGCCAUACUCGCGGUUCUGUACGCCGGAGGGGUCGUCGUUCCCCUCGGGGCGGCUCAUCCUCUGCCUCGUGUGCAGGCCAUCGCACAGGAUGCAGCUGUGGAGACCGUACUCGUGGAUCGUGAACAGCAGCAACGGCUGGCGUCACUGAGCCUUCGACUAUUGACCGUGGACGAAGAUUUCCUCGCUCGCCGUCCACCACUGGGCCUCGCACAAACGAGCGUACUGCUGCAGGCAAGCACGGUGAAGCCGCACAAUAUGGCGUGGAUCAUCUACACCUCUGGUAGUACAGGCACCCCGAAGGGGGUAAUUCUCGAGCACCAGGCGCUCAGCACCAGUAUCGAGGCACAUGGCGCCGCCUUCAGCAUGGAUGAGACCACCCGUACUCUGCAAUUCGCAGCCCAUACAUUCGAUGCCACGAUUCAGGAUAUUAUCACCACCCUCUGGGCCGGGGGUUGUGUCUGCAUUCCCUCGGAGCACGACCGCGUCAAUCGGCUCACGGAGGUCAUGAGUGCCAUGCAGGUCAAUUGCGCAACCUUGACCUCGACGGUGGCGUCGAUGCUGUUCCCUAAGAGAAUCCCCUCAAUGAGGACGAUGAUCCUAGUAGGUGAACCGGUUACCGCGGCAGCCGUAGCCCUAUGGUCGCCGUAUGCCACUGUGCUGAAUGCCUACGGCCCCUCUGAGUGCUCGAUCCACUCCUCCUGCAGUCGUCCAAUACAUGACGCCUCCCUCGCGUCCAACAUUGGCUUUCCUCUUGCCUGCACAUGGUGGGUUGUGGAUGCCGACAAUCACCACACGCUGUGCCCGAUUGGCGCCCCUGGCGAGCUCCUGAUUGAGGGCCCGAACCAAGCCCGGGGCUAUCUCAAUGACGAGGAGAAGACACAUGCGGCCUUCGUCCGGGACCCCGACUUCAUUCCUCGACUAGGCCUCGCAGGUCGACGCCUGUACCGGACCGGUGAUCUGGUCAAGCAGAACCCUGACGGAUCGCUGAUCCAUCUCGGCCGCCGGGAUCUUCAGGUCAAGAUCCGCGGACAGCGCAUCGAGGUGGGCGAGAUAGAAUACCAAAUUCAGCGACAUCUCGCCGGGGCGCGCACCGUCGCGGUAGAGCGCGUUCAGCACGGGGGAGAUGGCGAGCAGAUCAGCCUUGUAGCAGUGAUGGACUUUGUCGACGAGACUCGCAACGACGACAACGACGCUGCUACUGGUGCCACCACCACUGAUGCGCUGCAGCCCCUUCCCCCUUCUGAUCGCCUUCGCGCCAGAUUCGAUGAGCUUCGUCAGACGCUCCUCCGCAUUCUGCCGGUCUACAUGGUCCCCGCUGCAUACCUCCCUAUGGAUCAGAUGCCCUCGAAUGCCAACAACAAGCUUGACCGGCGGGCCAUCCGGGCCCUGUUGGCGCAGCACUCGGUGGCCACCCUGCAACAGUACAUCCACGACGACAAGGCUGAAAUGCAGGCCUUGCCUGUGACUGCACUGGAGAAGAAGGUUCAUGCGCUCUGGCUCGAGGUGUUUGAUCUCCCCGCCGGGGUCAGCGUGUCCAUGAACGACAAUUUCUUCCACCUGGGUGGAGACUCGGUGACAGCGAUGCGGAUGGUCGUCGCCGCCGCAUCCCAUGGGCUGCAGCUGAGCGUGGAAAAUAUCUUCAAGUCGCCGCGGUUGGGCGACUUGGCUGCCACGCUCGCUGCUCGGCCAUUGGAACAUAUACAGGCGCAGGACAUCGAAGAUCCCGCACCUUUCGAGCUAUGGGACGAGCUCCACGUUUCUGGGUCCCCGGAGGAGCGGGAACAGCGCUUACACCGCAUCGCGACGAGGGUUGGGGUGAGCCUGGAUCAGACUGAGGACGUUUAUCCCUGCACACCACUGCAGGAAGGUUUGAUGGCCGUCACAGCGCGUCAGCCGGCAGCCUAUGCGGCGUGGGAGACCCUGUCCGCGGAAGUCAGCAUUCUGCGCACGCGAAUCCUGGUGGAAGGUGAAUCCCCUGCCCUGCAGGUGGUGGUUCGUGACGACAUCCGCUGGCAAUCAGGCACGGACCUCAUGCAGUAUCUGCAGGCUGAUCGCGCCCUGGGCAUGUCUCUCGGCCAGCCGCUGGUCCGCUAUGGCUUUGUCGAGGAGCCUACGGGGGCAUGCUACUUCAUCUGGACCGCGCAUCAUGCCUUGUAUGAUGGUUGGACCGUCGGUGCACUCAGCAAACGCCUCCUGGACAUCUACCGCCAGGGCCGGUCUGCCUCCUCGGUGCCCUACACGCAAUUCAUCCGGUAUCUUCAACACGGUCGCCCCGACACCGUGGCGAGCACACACUACUGGCGCGAGCAGCUGCAGGGCGACGUGAUGGCCAGCUGGCCGCGACGAGUCUCAGACAAGCAACCCCUUCCACAGGACGACUUUCAUGCAACGAUCCCACUUCCGCCGACGCAGAGACAUGGCCAGGUGACCAUCUCGACCGUCCUCCGCGCCGCAUGGGCGCUGGUCGUCGCCCAGUAUUCGGGGCAUGAGGACAUCGCCUUCGCAGCCACGGUUUCCGGCCGCAAUGCCCCGGUUCGAGGCAUAUCAGAUAUCGCGGGCCCAACCAUCACGACCGUGCCGAUUCGUACGCGAGUCGACCACACAAGGACUGUGGCCGAUUUUCUGGAUGCGAUGCAGCGGCAAGCAACACGCAUGAUUGACCACGAGCAUACCGGUCUACAGGGGAUCAAGGCAUUGGUGCCCACAUUGGCUAGCACGCUGGACACGGGCAGCUUGCUGGUCAUCCAGCUGGCUGAAGAGAAGGAUUCGCAAGGGCAUCUAGACUUCCCCGGCCUGGAGACCAUCCCCCUGCCGAUCGAGCCCUUCAAUGCACAUGCGUUGACCCUCGAGUGCCAGCUUGGGGCACAGGGGCUCACCGUAGAUGUGCACUACGAUAAGCAGAUCAUCGCCUCGACCCAGGUCAAACGAGUGAUAGACUACUUCGCCUGCCUGUUCCGCCGACUAUGCGAUCCGAGCACGCAAUCACAGUCGCUAGCAGAGAUCCUGGCCAUCAAUGACGCGGAUCAGCAGCAGAUCCUGCACUGGAACACGGACGUUCCCGCCCGGCUGGAAAAAUGCAUCCACGAGAUGGUACGCGAACAGGUGGAACGGUCACCCACAGCCAUCGCCAUUCACGCCUGGGAUGGAGAUAUGACCUACCGGGAAUUCUACGAGGCGGGUGCGCGCGUGGCCCACCAGCUCGUCUCCUUCGGGGUCGGGCCAGAAAGCAUUGUGGGAGUUUGUAUGGAGAAAUCGAAAUGGGGCGCCGUGGCGAUGCUGGGGAUCAUGCAAGCUGGGGGGGCUAUCGUGCCCUUGGGCAUAUCACACCCCUUGGCCCGCAUUGACACUAUCCUCGACGCCUCGCGGGCACGCCUCAUCAUCGUCAGCUCUGCACAGGCCGAGCGACUGCAGGGGCUGACCAACCUCGCUAACAUCCAGCUCGUCAUCCUCGACCGGGAUCAUUUCGAUACUUGGCCACGGUGCCAACAAGCGCCGGAGACGGGAGUAACGCCAUCCAACGCCUCGUGGGCCAUCUUCACCUCGGGCAGCACAGGCGUGCCCAAGGGCGUGGUCAUCGAGCACGGAACCAUGGCGACGAGUCUGGACGAACAGGGACGCUGGCUGGACCUCACGCCCACGACGCGGUUCCUACAAUUUGCAUCUUACACCUUCGAUAAUGUCAUCACCGACACCUUCGCUACGACGGCCUUUGGGGGCGUCGUCUGCAUCCCCUCCGAGGAGGCCCGUAUGAACCAGCUCAUCGAGGUGAUGGCCGACAUGAAAGUCAACACAGCAAUGCUGACCUCCACUGUGGCACGGCAAGUGGUGCCCAGUCGCGUGCCAGCCCUGAAGACCCUGAUUCUGACAGGCGAGCCUGUUCGGGCCGACGUCGUCAGCAUCUGGCUGGAUCACGCCGAUAUCUACAACGCUUAUGGGCCCACCGAAGGAUCUAUGAGUACCUGUACUCGGCCCUACACCAAUGCCCACGAGGUCAGCAACAUCGGCUUCCCCUUGGCCACCCGGUUAUGGGUCACGCAGCCCACGCAAACUCAUCUGCUGAGUCCUCUCGGCGCACCCGGCGAGCUCUGGAUUGAAGGGCCCUUCUUGGCACGGGGAUACCUCGGUGACCCCGUCCGCACUCAGGCCUCGUUUAUCGUCGAUCCCGAGUUCACACGGCGUCUGGGCCUCCACGGACGCCGGCUCUACCGUACGGGAGAUCUUGUGCAACAAAACGAGGAUGGAACUUUGAUCCACCUCGGGCGAAUAGACUCUCAGAUCAAAAUCCGGGGUCAGCGUGUCGAGCUCGGUGAGAUUGAACAUCAGAUCCUGCACCAUCUGCCCAUGGCGAGUACCGUGGCCGUAGAGCCGCUCACCGACGAGGACACCCAACGGACCUUCCUGGUGGCCGCAAUGGAGUUUGCUCUAGACAGUGAAUAUCGCCGUGGCGCAGUCACCCCGGCGGGACUCCUGGCCCCAUCCCCAGCCCUAAGAAUGGCCUUCAGCAAGCUCUACGGCAUUCUAUCACAGACACUCCCUGUGUACAUGGUUCCGGCCGUGUUCGUGCCCAUUGCGGAGAUGAGUCGCAACCUCUCCGGCAAACUGGACCGCAAGCUUCUCCGCACGACGCUGGCACGUUUGCAAGAUAACGACGACAACGCCAACGACAAUCUCCGGCAGUAUCGCGUAGGCGACGGACCCAAGGUUGCCCCCUCCACCGAGAUGGAGCGCCAACUACAGGCCCUGUGGGCUGAUGGGCUCCAUCUCCCGGUGGACGAAAUCGGGGCCCAUGACAACUUCUUCCACCUUGGCGGAGACUCCCUGGCCGCCAUGCGCAUGGUGGCCGCAUCGCGCUCUCGCCCGUUCAAGCUGAGCGUGGCGGACAUCUUCAAACACCCUUGUCUGUCUGAGCUGGCUGAGGUCAUGAGCGCGCGUGUAGAGGCACGUUUGGAAGCAGAGAAGAAAGAAGAUGGAAUGAAAGAGGAGGAGGAAGAGGAGGAAGAGGAAGGCGUGGUCCCAUUUUCUUCAAUCGACACCGAUAACCCCGAAGCAUUUAUCCACGAAGUGGUCUCCCCCGUUUGCAACAUCGGAUGUGCGGACGAGGUUGUUGAUAUCCUUCCCACCACCGACUUCCAAGCCCUCACGGUGGCAGGCGUGCUCACGACCCCCGCCGCGGCCAACUGUGCGCAUUUCCUGCUCGACGGCCAGGGCCCCUGUGACGUGGAGCGGCUGCGCAAGAGCUGCUUAGACCUCAUCCGCGCCCUGCCUAUCCUCCGCACGGCCUACAUCUUCGAUCAAAGCCGCCUGCUGCAGGUGGUCAAGAGUGCCUAUGAGCCGGACAUCCCCAUAUUCCACACGGAGCGUACGCUCGAAACGAAGACGGCCGAGAUUAUCAACCACCAGCUACUGCCAGCCCCCUGCUUGGGCGAACCCUUCACGCAGAUGGCCAUUAUCGAGGAGGCGCAAAGCACGCGACACCGACUUCUCCUGCGCGUGACGCACGCUGAGUACGAUGCUGUGUCCAUCAAUGUGAUCUGGGAGACCCUGCGCUCCCUGUUCGAGGGCACAAUCCCGCCUCGAUUCCCAUCCUUCGCGAGCUUCUACUACCACCAGCAGCAACGCAUCACCGCACAAACGUACGACUACUGGACCGACCUGUUGGCGGGCUCAUCCAUGCCCCAACUGGGCCGCCCUAUCUCCGCCAUCGGACAGUAUCCGUCUACCGUGGCCCACCUCGCCCCAAGGACGGUGCCCCUCGCGAGCUCGCUGUCUGCUGGCGUCACCAGCGCGGUCCUGGUGAAGGCAGCAUGGGCGAUCACUUUGGCCCGUGCAGCCCAGAGCCAGGACGUGGUAUUCGCCGACACCGUCUCCACACGGGGCACCGUCGACGCCACCCAGAUGAAUGCAACGGGAUGCUGCGUCACGCUGCUCCCCGUCCGCGUGCAGCUGUCCUCUUCUGCCCUCACAGCGCGCGAGCUACUGCAAGCUGUGCGGGAGCAGCAGAUUCAGAGCUUCGAGCACGGACACCUCGGCUUCCGAGACAUCCUCCAUGACUGCACCGACUGGGCGACCUCGACAAGGUUUACAUCCGCACUGAACCACAUCACCGAGCAGACGAACGGGACCGUUGCCAUGAGCGGGCAGGAGUACGCCAUUUCCAGCUUCGAUGCGCCGGACGCGACAUGGACAGUCGACGUGGGAGUCACGGCCGUCAGCCGGGAGGACGGCGCGCUGGACCUACGUAUGGCUUACCGGCCCGACAGCAUCACGCCUGAGUCGGCAUCGGAGUAUGUGCGCAUGCUCGCCGAGACGCUCACGAUUCUUGUGGACGAGCCAUCUCGCACUGUCAAGGAGAUGUUAUCGGGCCCUGCGGCCCGGUCCGGGGGGAAGGGGAAGAAGUCAUCGGCGCCGGUGGUGCAGAUCACGGAGCGGAUCUCGGGCGAGGAUCCCCUAGUCAUGGCGUCGUAUUUGCAGAUCAAACAGCGGCCGGAGUGGGAAGUAGUUCUGCAGCGUCGUCGGGGGAUCGCCACGGGAAAGACCAGGCCGGCAGCCUCCUUUGCACAGAGGGGCGGCGAUCUCUUGGACGCGGUCUACUUAGCCUCUCUUCUGGGUCCAGGCGACCAGUUCGACUCCGCCCAGGCAAUCUUAGUAGGAUCACGGCGUGAGGACGAAGCGCGUCUCGAGGAAGCCCUGCCGUCAGCGAAAGCAAAGCGGCUGUCUCUCAGAACGAUGUGGACAAGUGCCCGCAAGAGCUAUGCUCGAUGGUUCACGGCGGGUUCGUGGCAAAGAAGCCAGACCUCACUGGCUGUUUAA